AUGGCGCCCCGUCGCAGCACCGGUGGAGACAAGAAGAAGGCCACUGCCACUGAGGCCUCGCCCAAAGCCCCGGAGGAUGGCCCCAUCAUGAAGAUGACAACGUCGGAGGGCUGGGAUGCGGUGAAGAAGGCCAUCAAGAAGCUCAAGGAGGCCAAGCGGUCUUAUGAUAGCCACAGCCCUGGAGGAAAGAAGCUGCCGAAGGAUGCAAUGACGGGGGCCGUGACGACCUUGAAGCUGGCAGAUAUUAACUUCGAGGAGCCGGGACCGGGAUUGACCUUCCCCACGAUGGCCGAGUUGAGCGGAUCGAGAAGUUACUGGUACGGCCCGAAGUGUGCCGUGUCCUUGCCCGUGCUCCAGUUGAUGGCUCCCAGCACGUCCGGCAGUGCCAACUCUGUGGAUGUCAGGCCAGGACAGCUUCUUGCGACAACCCAUCUAUCCCGGCUGGGCGCUUUCAUCCUAGAGUUUGCGGACAGCCUCCGCGACAAAGACCGUGCGGCCGUCUUUCAGGCCGUUUGCGGAAUGAUCGUGCGGACCGGCGGUGAUGGGAAGGAAGCGUUCUGGCUGUGUCACAGGCAAGGAGAGGACGCCAUACAACGAUGCAAGGAGGAGGGGAAUAAUCUCGCGUGGAGACUGGCACAGCGCCUGGAACAGCUUCGAUGCCUGAACAAAGGCUUGGGCCUGAAGUACACUCCGGAGGCUCUCUUCGACGAGUUCAACGAGCGUGUGCGUGAGCAUGGCCUCACGUAUGCGAGCGGCCUGUCCCAGGCGGUCAAGUCGCCAGACAUGAUCAAAAAGCUCUUGAGGCUUUUGGGGCGGGCUGUGCAGGGGAACGUUGUCGAGGUUUUCCAGAACAUGCAGUUUGUCGGCGGAGUGCUGGAGAUCCGGGCGUUCGGCACACCGCACGAUCCGGAUAUGAGCUGGGGCUCGGUUCUGCCGGCAUUGGGAAGCAUGGGCAAGGAAAACGCACCGGAGAUCGCCAAGGUCCUUGUGUACUGUCAGCAGGUGCUGGGCCAUCUCUGCGAGAAGUUCAGCAGCCUUCCGGAGGUGCCGAAGUGGGACCUGACCCCGUUCAAAACCAUCGAGGGCUUCCUGACAGUGGUGUCGGAGGGCAAGCUCGAGAUCUUCGGGCUUCCCGACCGUGCGAGGCGAGUGCACAACCUUCUCCGUGCCAUCAUUCGCGGCGAGCACUAUGCGGACUUCGAGGCCACCAUCAAGGAGUUUCCUGAUGCCCCUCUGGCCACCAGGUGGCAGCAUGCGCUCCCUCUUUCAGAGCCAGCGCCAGAGACUGCGGCUCAGGCGGCAUUGCAGACCGAGGAGGACGAGCCGAGCGGUGCUGCCUCGUCGAUGAACGACGAGGCAGAAAAAAACCGCCUGAGGGGCGUGAAGGCGGCUGGAAUGGAGGAAAUAGGUCAUUAUGUGAAAUUCAUCCAGAUCGACUCGGACGGCCUGGCAGACGGAUUAUUGGUACACAAUCGUGUCAAACCGGUCCUUUCCAGCAUGCCCCCUUUGGACCGCGGGCAAAACGUGGUCUUCAUCGUCGACCCAGGCGUCAUGUCCGAGCCGUCCGAAGCCUACACCCGAGCACACAACGUGUAUUCGAGAACACCGUCGGUGUUCACCCACGUGAUCACCGGCAGCGUCAAGGCUGCUGGGAUGUUCGCCUCGGAGUUUCCAGGGGUAGCGACGUUCGGGUGCUUCGACGUGGGCUCAUACAAGGCCGGCCAGUGUAUCAGGUCGCAGCUGGCCAAAGCCAAGAUUGGCCGGUACCAGGCCUGGGACCUUCUUCCUCGACAGUGUGAUAUGGAAGCUCGGCUACUUUUCCGACAUGGAACGGACGAGGAUCAAGAGUCGGCACUGAAGCGGCGAAAAACGUUGGGCGUCACCGCCGGGCACUUGACCUACAUCGUGGGACGUGAAGUUUUUCAUUUCUGCCGGAGCAUCAAUCCCAUCGAUGCAAAGCCGCACAAGCACCUGACAAUGCCGGCCGGGUCUGGUGACUCGUCGGCCAGUUGGCUGACGAUUCCGCUCCCUCACCCCUCCACACUGCGACCAUUGGUGAGUAAGGCCGACAAGCAGAAGGCGGUGCUCAUGAAGUAUGACAGCAGGAACCAAAAGAAGGAUGCCAAUGCCAAGGCGCUCAACGAUGAGGAUGUUGUGCAGCAUGCAGCAGAGAUCGGUGAGGAGGAGCUGCAGCCGUUGAAUUACCUGGCGAGACAUGGCAGCUUGCACAAGGAGCUGUGGCACCUUCUGGAUGCGGGACGGCUGGUCAGCUUCAGUCCAGAGUUCAAUCAGCUAUCCGCAGCCAUGGAGCAGCGACUCUUCACCAUUGCUCUGGUGCGAAGCAGCCUCCACGAGGACCUGCUGAAGAAGGAAUUGCUCGAGUGGGUGACACAGGAGCUGCAGCGUCCUUCCAACGACCGUUUCUUCCGGCCUCAUCUGGCACCGCCUCAGAAAGACGUCGUCGAGGUGGCCCCUGCCGCCGCUGUUAACAGGGAGGCCCCGAUUGAGACACGUCCUGGGAGCACGAGCAACUGCCCGGGACAGACCGAGGAUCAGGAGGAGUAUGGCGGCGAUGACGGAGAGAUCCCUGGGCUGCUGCAGAACAUGGAUGAGGACGAGGACCCGGAGGCUCAGGAGGAGUUUGAGGAGGAUCUUGAUGAGGGCAAUGCCUAG